AUGGAUGCCUCCGCUCCGGUCACUGCAGGGGACCGCUCGUGUAAGAGAAGAAGAGAGGAGCACGAAGCGGGCGACUCCCGACUUGCCGGUGACCAGAACAUCCCUACCAGGACAGCAAGUGAUUCGCGUCGCAACAAGGCAACACCCCGGGGCGUGAAAUUGUCCCUUGUGGAAGAAAUGAAACGAAUCCUGGACGAUAACCCCCCUUUCGCGUCCAAGACCAUGGAAACCCUUGACCUGUACCUUUGCUUAGGGGAAUCGUAUGUGAUCGACUCGGCGCGCAAGAUCCGUUUGGAACAGGAGCAGCGACAGCUCCAGGCCGAGAAAGCCUGGCUGAUACAUGCGAACAACCGGUUGUAUCAGGCUUGCGCCGACCGGGAACUGGUGCUGUGGGGCCGACAAGAAGCAUUUGAUACCGUACAGGACGCCGUGGUCAAGGUACUGAGAUCACUGAGAGUCCCUUUGAUGACUAGUUGA